GGCCAAAGGAAACGACGAAUAUGAAAAUGGCUGCUGCUACUGAAAUAUUAAAUAUACCAGACGAAAAAGUGAUAUUACAAAAAAAAAUGUAGAGUUUUUCAAUCUGCAAUAAAUUUCAGUAACUUUUAAAUAUGAACAUAAUGCGCAAAUUAAGAGGGGGCACAAGCGUCGGAGGUAUGGGUUCCAGCAGUAUGGGUAGUUUAGAAGAAUGUACAAGCAGCACUAAUCCCCAACAUACUGCUUUGGGUCUUAUGCACCUCAAAAAACUUUUCUCUGAAUACAGCCAUCCUCCACAUCCUCUUUCUGAUGCUGAACGUGAUGAUAAAUUAUAUAAUAUGUUACCAUUGUUUUGCAAGGUAUUUGGGUCUAGUCCUUCUGGAGAUAUGAAUGAAAAAUUUUGGGAUAUUUUAGCAUUUACACAACAAGUUUCGCGAUUAAUGGUAUCUGAGAUUAGAAGAAGAGCAAGUAACCAAAGUAUUGAAACUGCAAGUUGUGCUAUUGUUAAGUUCUUAGAGAUAGAAAAUAGUGAAGAAUCAAGUAAUGGUUGGAUGUUACUCUCAGCAUUGAAUUUACUUGCGGCAGGAGAUGCAUCUCUGAUACAGGCAAUGACUGCUGCAUCUGUUCCAUCAACAUUGGUUAAAUGUUUAUAUCUAUUUCUUGACUUACCUGAGAUGAAUGAAGAGGAAGCUGAUAUUACUGAUGCAAACAGUGAAUUUACACCUAGGGAACGUAGAAUAUUACUACAAAAAAUAUUUGUUCAAUUAUUAGUGCGUUUAUGCAGUCAUCCAUAUCCUGCAGAAGAACUUGCUCGUAAAGAUGAUUUGGCAUUAUUGUUCUUAGCAAUUACAAGUUGGUGUCCUCAGUAUAAUGUUAUGUGGCGUAAAAGCGCUGCUGAGGUUUUAAUGACGCUAUCCCGACAUGGUCUUACACAAAAUGUAGUAACCUACAUACACAAUAAAGGAUGUAUAGCAUUGUGUAUUGAUAAUAUGCAACGUGUACCUGAGCUUGCACUAUUGGAAGUUGUAGAAAUGUUUGUUACAGUAUUUUGUUUCUUGAAAGAUUCUAGUGAAGUAUCACAAACACUUUUGGAUGAUUUUCGUACUUGCCAGGGAUACAUUUUUUUAUCAGAUUUUUUGUUAAAACACGCUCCUUCGAGAUUAGAACAAGAUAGUAGAGCAGAAGCACAAGAUGCUAUUCGAAAUUUAGUGCUGAUGUUGGCAUCUUUGACAAUGUGUGGACAUACUGAAUUAAAACCAAGUCAAGCCAGUAUGGGUUCGUUAUUUCAAAUGCUUGGUUUCACUUUACCUCAACCAAGUAAUAGAGGAGGAAGUGUUCGAAAUAUUCAAGCAUUUCAAGUGUUACAAUCAGUAUUUGUUAAGUCAAAUUCGUCACUUCUUUGCUGUACUAUUCUUGAUGCUAUUUCAAGUGUUUAUCACAGUGAUAAUGCUAAUUAUUUUAUAUUAGAAGGACAGAACACUUUAUCACAAUUUGCAGAAAAGAUUCAUUUAAAAAAUGUAGAAAUACAACAGAAGUUCUUUCAGCUGUUGGAAUUCAUAGUAUUUCAACUUAAUUUUGUGCCUUGUAAAGAACUUAUAUCUUUAUCUAUAUUACUCAAGGCGAAUAAUUCUGUUACUUGUAGUAUCAUGUGUAUGGAAACGCUUCUGAAUAUACUUAGGCACAAUACAAUUUUUAAAGAUGUAUACAGAGAAGUAGGCAUGUUGGAAGUAUUUGUUACUUGUCUUCAUCAUUAUGCUACAUUACUUAAAGACAAACAGGCUGCACAGGACCAAGGACUAGAAUAUAAAAUAUCCCCAGAAGAUGAACGUUUGGGUGCCUUAGUCAUGGAAGCUUUGACAACUUUGUUAGCUGGAAAUGUACAGAAUGCAAAUGUUUUCAGAGAAUGUGGUGGAGCACGUUGUGCCCACAAUCUCGUACCAUAUACAGAUUGUCGCUACCCUGCACUUGGGAUAGUAAGGGAAUUGAUACUUAGUGCUGGUGGCGAUGACGAUAUGGCAACUUUAUUAGGAGUUAUGCAUUCUGCACCCUCAAAUGCUUUGGUCUUAAAAACACAUAUAUUGAAGUCAUUACUAGCGUGCCUACGAGAAUCUCAUCGUACAAGAACAGUAUUCCGUAAAGUUGGAGGGUUUGUUUAUGUUAUGUCGGUGCUUGUUUCUCUAGAGGGUCAACUUGGACAACAAGUACGAAAUAAUACUGAGCCUUGUAACGAUGUUGUGCAAAGAACUCCGCAAAAUGAAAUGCAAUUAUUAACAUUACUACAUGUGGUGUUCCAUACGAUAAGUACAGCAAUGCGUUUCGAGCCCGCAAAUGCGAAAUUUUUUCAUCAUGAGAUAUGUCAAUCAAGUCUAUGUGAUACAUUACGACUUCUUGGAUGUUUUUCAACACAAAUUAAACUGGCUGAAAUGAAUAUAAUACCUACUAUGAAUUAUCACAACGUGUUAUCAACUCUUUUCACUGGAAAUGUAUUAGAGCCAGCAUUUCCAGAUGGCAUGUCAAGAAUAUUAGCAUAUGCGUGUUUAUUAUUACGACUUCUAUAUGAUGUUGCACUUGAUGCUUUUGAUAAACCUAAUAUGGCUGGCAUCAGUAUGAGAUCACCAAGUCAUAAACAAGCUAGUGUAGAACAACAAAAGUCUUUUGACUCUCCUGGAAGUGGAAAGAGAUGUGCCAUAAAUCCUUUAAAUCUAAGUCCUCCUACUCCCGAACCUAUUGUAGUUCAUCCUGGUAUUGUAGUUGGAAUGCUUCAUUUACUUCCAUCGAUAUCUGAUUCUUCAAAUCCACAACUUGCAUUAGCUCUACAAUUAUACAUAGCAGAAAUUAUUAAAAGUUUAGUACGUUCCGAAAGGAACCAACAGGUGAUGUGCGAAGCUGGUAUGGCGGGAGAAUUGCUACGCAUGGGUAGAAUUGCUUUGCAAGAUGAAAUUCAUCCUUUACAUCAACCAUUACAAUAUAUAAUAGAGAGACUUGCAGCUCAAUCUUUAGAACCUCGAGAUUUAAGAGAAUUUUUACGCUUGGGAGAUCCUUUGUGUUGUAUUUCUCUUGAUGAUAUUGAAACAAACAAAUCUAGAGGAGGACCAGUGCCUCUAACACGUAUUAAAACUUUGGUAUCCAUGACAACUCCCAAAGAUUUCAGAGCUCAUGGUUCCUGUACUUUACCACCAUUUGUUGAAUUAGAUAUGAGUGCAGAAGGAUUUGCCUGUUUGUAUUUACCAAGUAUUGCACCUCAGAGUACAACCCCGCCUACAGUAGUAACUGCUGACAACAGUGUACUUGGAGGAAUUGGUUCUGGUGAUAGAUUAUUUCCACCACAAACUGGUUUAACAUAUAGUACAUGGAUAUGUAUUGAUAAGUUUAGUGAUCCUAGAACAGAUCCUCAUUGUGUAAGACUAUUAACAUUAGUACGUACUCCUCAAUCUUCAAGAGAUUUAAUUUGUUUGAUUGCUGUUCUCAGUGCUAGAGAUAAAGCUAUCAUUGUUUCUACUCAAGAAACGGCUAUGCCUCAGAAUGUUGGAGAAUGGGAACCUGAAGGUACUGGCGAAUGUGGAGCUCGAGUUUGGUGUCCUGAUUUGUUACAUGAAGGACAAUGGCAUCAUAUAGCAAUCGUAUUAAAUCGUGCUGUUUUAAAAAAUUCUAGUUUUUCGUUAUAUUUAGAUGGGCAGCACAUUCAUAGUCAAAAGCUUCAUUACAUCACUCAAAUUCCGGGUGGUGGAGCAGCUAAUUUAACAGUUGCUUCACCAGUUUAUGGAUAUAUUGGUACACCACCAUGCUGGAGACGAUAUUCCAGACUUACUUGGAAACAAGGACCAUGUCACUUAGUUGAAGAAGUAUUCAACUCUCAGAAUAUUGCAGCUUUAUUCAGAUUAGGUCCACAUUAUAUGGGAAGUUUACAAGCUCCACAGUUAUCAGGUCCAGAACCUUUGUCAGCUCUUGUAGUAGAAGAAAAACUUGUUUUUGGAUUAAAUGCAAAAGCUAUGUCUCAGUUGACAUUAGCUAAAAUUAGGAAAGUUUAUAGCAGAGCUGAUAAUAAGUCAAUUGCUAAACAGCUUGGUAUGUCAUCUCAUGAAAAUGCCACACCAAUUAGAGUCCUUCAUAAUUCUGCAGGCCAUCUUAGUGGACCAGCUCGAGCUUUAGGUGGUGUGGUUGUAGGAUAUUUAGGAGUACGAGUUUUUAAUCCUCGUCCCGUAGCUACUACGAUCGAUAAUGUGGGAGGAUGUUCAGUUUUGUUAGGUCUAAUAGCUAUGGCACAAGAUGUAGAAUCUCUUUAUGCAGCUGUUAAAGCAUUAGUAUGUGUUGUGAGAUCAAAUCAGGCAGCGCAACAAGAAAUGGAUCGCCGUAGAGGAUAUCAAACUUUAGCCAUGUUAUUAAGAAGAAAAUGUGCUCUUCUAAAUAGUCAUAUACUACAUCUCACAUUUAGUCUUGUUGGUACAGUUGACAGUGGUAGAGAAACCAGUGCAAUUCCUAAUGUUACAGCAUUUCAAGAUCUUUUAUGUGAUCUACAGGUUUGGCACGAAGCACCUGGAGAAUUAUUAAGAUCUCUUUUAGAACACUUAUAUGAGUUAAUAGCAGAAUCUAGCGAGAAACGUACAAAUUUACGAUUAAUGAGGGAUUUGCAAUUAGUACAUAAAUUAUUACAUAUUCUUAGUGAUGUUAAACAAAACAGCACACGACAAGUUUUACUGGCUUUGCUUAGUAUAUUAUUAAGUCAGCCAAGACAGGCUGAUUUACUCUGGUUUGGUCAAUUUAUUGUGGCUACUUUACCAUUAAAUUCAGAAAAACAUUUAGUUCUUAGAGAAAGUGAAGGAAAUAAAGAGGGAGAGGGUGAAGGUAUACUUUUACGAAAUCGUUGCUUACAACUUUUACACUCGCUCUUAUUUACUGGUGCCAAAGUGAAUAUAAAUAUGUGUGAAGAGUUAGCCAAGGUAUUAGGCCUAGACUGGAUAUUAUUAUUUCUUCAACCUAUUCUUCAUAGUACUACUGUUAUUUGGGGAUUGCGUAUACUAGUUGCUGUGUGUUCAGUACAGUCAAUUCUACAAAAAUUCAAAGAAGGCACUAGUAAUGGUGGUUGGCUACGUCAUACUGAUCAUAAUAAAAUGGCACUAGCACUUGGAUGUCAUCAACAGAUGUCUGGUGGUGAUAUUAAGCCUUCAGGCCUUCAUGUACCAGGAUUUCAACAUCUUGGAUGGUUACUACCACAACAUAUUGAUUUAGUUCCAGAACUUUAUUUUCUUUUCAUUUCUCUUAUGAUGGGACAACCAGUAAAAUUAUUACCAAUGGAUUCAAAACUAGAUUUAAAUAAUCUAUGGAAUUUCAUGUUUGGAGUUCCUGCAAAUCAUACUCUAUCUUCUUUUGCUAGCAGAAUAAGUCUUUGUCCGGAAGCUGUAGUCACAUUAUUAAUUAUGGUGCGAACUAUGCUGAACAACCAUUCAAAUAAUCCAGAAUCAUUACCUGUUUGGUUAACUGAUUACCCAGUGAUAAUAAUACAGUUCCUAUUUUUUCUGUACCAUAACUUCACUGACUUUAUGCAAGUGUUCAUGUCUGCUGAUGUUCUGGGAGCAUUAGCUGGUACUUUGUUUCCAAAGCCUGCAAGUUCUAGUCAAGAUAGUAGUGGCGCAAGUACACCAGCAGACGAGCAAGAACCAGUAUUGGUAAGAUCUCCAUCAAAGGAUAUUGGAUUAACAAAUCAUCCUGCAAAAAAAUUUGUUAUGGACUUUUUAAGAGUCAUCAUUGUAGACUCUCUUUCUCUGUCAGUAACAACAAAAUCUCCACCAGCUAUAGAUCUUGUUUUAGAAGCAUGGCCAGUACAUGCAUCUAUGGGACAACAAAUGUGUUACCAAACGGAAAUUCUGUCUAUUUUAAUGGAACAUCUUUUAGCUGCAGACGUUUUGAUUGGUGAACAAGCUGCACUUCCUGUUGUACCUGGUGGUUCUGUCAAUAAUAUCACUAGCAAUGUUUGUUACGUUGCGGCUAGGAUAGUAGAUAAAUUAUGGCAAGGUGCAUUGACAAAGAAUCCACAUGAAGUAUUCGAUUUUAUUGUUAAACUAAUUGGGCAAGCUAAAAGACGAUCUGGAGUAGUCAGUAUGGAAGGUCUUCAUCACUGCCUGAAUAGAACAAUUUUAUUCUUACUGUCAAGGCCAACAGAUUCUAUAGCUGAUCAAAUGGCUGUACUAGAAGCAUUACAUAAACUUACUGAUCACAGAGUUUUGAUAUUUGGUGCUGGAAAUCACGAGUUAGAGUUUAUUGGUUGCCUCACCUAUUGUUUGCUGCAAUUAACAGCUGAUAUAAAAAUUAUGUUAGAUACUAAUAUGAAAACAACAUGGCAUGUUAAUCCACAAGUUGAAUCGAGCGAUGAUAGAUUAACGUCUCACCAGGGUCACAAUUUAAUGGCUGUUGCAGCAAACAGGAUUUGGGAAGAGUUAUAUGUAUGCAAGAAACCUGCUAUAGAAGAAGUUUUUAAAAUAACUCUUCUGCUACCUGUAGGUAAUGAUCGUGCACCAGAAUUACCAGUAGUCAGAGAACAGGUACACGAAGCUGCAGCAAGACUCUGGUUGAAUUAUGUAGUUCUUGAAAGAAAAGCUUCUUAUAGAGUACCUUGGGAACUUCACAACCAAAUACAAUCGAAAAUUCAAAAAGUAACAGGAGGAUUAACAAGAUUAGCAAGUCGAACAAAAGUUAGAAAAGAAGAAUCUGUGCGCGUGAAACUUAGAUUGCAUCAGAAUACAGUGUCCCAAUGGACAGAACAACAUAUUGCAUUGGUUAGAGAACUUGCUGCAGCAAAAAAAUUACAACAUCAACAAACCAAUCAGCAUACACAACGCUACGUAUAUCAAGAAUGGUUGCAAACGGAAACAGAAUUAACAAGAGAACGUGGUCUAUGGGGUCCACCCACUCCUACUAAAUUAGACAAGUGGAUGUUAGACAUGACUGAAGGGCCUUGUAGGAUGCGUAAAAAAAUGAUGAAAAAUGAUCUUUUUUAUAUACAUUAUCCAUAUCGGCCUGAACUGGAACAUCCAGAUAAUAAACAGUUAAAGUACAAAGUGGCAACAAGCACAGAUAGUAAGGAGUAUUAUUUAAAACAACUUGGUAAUUCUUCUGGUAUGUUUGAACGAGAACGUGAUCCGGUAAUAGACGAUACUCCAUUAAAUGUUAAUGAGACUUCCACGGAAAACGAACCACCGAUGGUACCAUGUACCUUAGAACGUCAUGCCAGCGAACCAGAUGAAGUGCAAGAAGAUAAUGAACAAGAAGAAGAGAAUAAUCAAACGGUUCCGGAUAAUCAAACAUUAUUAAGAUUACUAGAAGAACAUGAAAAGAUCAGUCACAUGUUCAGGUGCGCAAGGAUUCAAGGUUUAGAUACAACAGAAGGCCUUCUAUUAUUUGGAAAAGAACACUUUUAUGUAAUAGAUGGUUUCACACUUUUAAAAUCGAGAGAAAUAAGAGAUAUUGAAAGUUUACCAGAAGCUUACGAACCAAUUUUGCCUUCACCAGGCUCCCCUAGAAGAUCUAGGGCAAUGAGACAAUGUUCUAAAUUCAAUUAUGAAGAUAUAAGAGAAGUGCAUAAGAGAAGAUAUUUAUUGCAGCCAAUGGCAUUAGAAGUAUUUAGUGGUGAUGGAAGAAAUUAUUUAUUAGCUUUUCCACGAAAAGUGAGAAAUAAAGUAUACCAAAGAUUUAUGACUUUUGCAACUGCUAUUGCUGAUAGUGCGCAACAGUCUGUAGCUGGUCAAAAAAGAACUGCUAAUGUGGAGCAGGCAACAGGCUUAUUGUCUAAUCUUAUAGGAGAAACAUCGGUUACACAGCGAUGGGUGCGAGGAGAAAUAUCAAAUUUUCAAUAUCUGAUGCAUCUCAAUACCUUAGCUGGACGUAGCUACAACGAUCUUAUGCAAUAUCCGAUAUUCCCGUGGAUCUUGGCUGAUUAUGAUAGUGAAGAGUUAGAUUUAACAGAUCCAUCAACAUUCAGAGAUUUCAGUAAACCUAUGGGUGCACAAAGUCCCGAACGAUUAUUACAAUUUAAGAAAAGAUAUAAAGAAUGGGAUGACCCACAUGGUGAAACUCCACCUUAUCAUUAUGGAACUCAUUACUCUUCAGCUAUGAUAGUAUGUUCCUACUUGGUAAGAAUGGAACCUUUUACGCAACACUUUUUAAGACUACAGGGUGGUCAUUUCGAUUUGGCGGACAGAAUGUUUAAUAGUGUAAAAGAAGCUUGGCUUUCUGCGUCUAAACAUAACAUGGCUGAUGUAAAAGAACUCAUACCCGAGUUUUUCUAUCUUCCAGAAUUUCUUGUCAAUUCAAAUCAUUUUGAUCUAGGUUCUAAACAAAGUGGUGUACAACUUGGAGAUAUUGUGCUUCCACCAUGGGCAAAACAAGAUCCACGAGAAUUUAUACGCGCUCAUAGGCUUGCAUUAGAAUGUGAUUAUGUUUCACAACAUCUUCAUCAAUGGAUCGAUUUGAUAUUUGGGUGUAAACAAAAUGGACCUGCAGCUGUUGAAGCUGUUAAUGUUUUUCAUCAUCUUUUCUAUGAAGGCAAUGUCGAUAUAUACAAUAUUGAUGACCCUUUAAAGAAAAAUGCUACUAUCGGUUUUAUAAAUAACUUUGGACAAAUACCAAAACAGUUAUUUAAAAAGCCACAUCCUGCAAAAAAGAUGACACAAAGAAUUAGUGUUAUAGAUCCUGGACCUAUCACACCAGGCUUAAGUAUUACUACAUCUGAUAAAUUAUUUUUCCAUAAUCUUGAUAACUUGAAACCAUCACUUCAACCUAUUAAAGAGUUGAAGAGUCCCGUUGGACAAAUACUUCACGUCGACAAAGCAGUAUUAGCGGUUGAACAAAAUAAAACGCUUAUUCCUCCAUCUUAUAAUAAGUAUGUCGCAUGGGGUUUCGCUGAUCAUUCAUUGAGGAUAGGCAAUUAUGACAGUGAUAAGGCAAUAUUUGUAUGUGAAGCUAUGAUGCAAAGCAGUGGAGAAAUUGUAGCUUGUGUUUGUCCAUCAUCCAAAUUGAUAGUAACAGCAGGAACAAGUUCUGUUGUCAUUGUAUGGGAGUAUACAAAACGUCAAUUGUCGAUAAAACAAUGUUUAUAUGGUCAUACAGAUGCUGUAACAUGUUUAUCAUCUAGUACAGCAUAUAAUGUUAUCGUAUCGGGUUCUAGAGAUGGUACUGCAAUUAUUUGGGACUUAUCCCGAUGUUUAUUCGUUCGACAACUUCGGGGACACGCAGGACCAGUAGCUGCAGUAGCUAUUAAUGAGCUAACGGGUGAUAUAGCCACUUGUGCUGCUACAUGGUUACAUGUAUGGAGUAUAAAUGGCGAAGAAUUAGCGAAUGUAAAUACAUGCGUUGGAAGAGCUGAUAGAAUGCAACAAAUUUUGUGCGUUGCAUUUAGUCAGACACAUGAAUGGGAUUCACAGAAUGUAAUAAUGACUGGAUCUACGGAUGGAGUUGCACGCAUGUGGUCAAUGGAUUUUGUGCAAGUGCCUGCGGAAGAGGAACAAUUGGAGGAACUUUAUGGUGAUAAAGAAGGACAAGAUGAUCCAAAUGUACAAGUAGACCAAAGUGAAAGUACAAAGAAAAGAGUUCACGAAUUAGUAAAACAAAUGAGUAUAUCUACUGAAGGAUCAGGGAUGCUAAUGAAAAGUGGAUCAGAAAGUAGCCUCUCUGAACCAGAAAAUACCAAAGAAGCUUCUAGAGCUCACGAGGAAAAAGAAGAAUGUUCAGAUAAUGAAUCUAGUAAUGGUUCAAAUAACAAAUCUUUGUCACAUUGUAACCAUGCUUCUGCAGUUAUAUUAAGACGAAAAGGUCGUGGAAAUCCAAUGUUUAGAAAAAGCGAAGGUGGAGGACGUGCUGAUAGCGAAGGGACACAAACAAGUAAAUUACACAACAACCCUGGAGAUACGGAAGGAGCCUUGAGAACUAGUAAAAGUGAUACCAGUUUAACUGAUAGUUUUGUAAUGGUUAAUGAAUCUGAUACAAAACCCAAAAAGAUUAAUCCACAAAAUGUUUUGAGAGAUGGAUUUAAAUGGCAAAGACAAUUAGUCUUUCGAAGUAAAUUGACAAUGCAUACUGCUUACGAUCGGAAAGAUAAUGCAGAGCCAGCUUCUAUUACGGCAUUAGCAGUAUCGAGAGAUCAUAGAACAGUGUAUGUUGGUGAUACUCGUGGUAGAGUAUUUUCAUGGAGUGUUUGUGAACAGCCAGGCCGUACAGUCGCUGAUCAUUGGUUGAAAGAUGAAGGAGCAGACACCUGUGUUGGAUGUGGUGUUAGAUUUAAUCUGUAUGAAAGGAAACAUCACUGUCGGAAUUGUGGUCAAGUGUUCUGCUCCAGAUGUAGCAGAUUUGAAUCUAAAAUUUCAAGACUUGGAAUUAUAAAACCUGUUAGAGUUUGUCAAGCCUGUUAUUCUUCACUACAUUCUCAAUCUUCUACUGAGAAUAAUACUUAAUAUAAUAAUAUUAAAUAAUAUUUAAAAUAAUAAUUAUAAUAGUAGUAAUAAUAAUUAUAUACAAUAACACAACAAUAAUAUUAAUACUAAUUUAAUAACAAUAAUAACAUUGAAUCUGCUGUUUAUUACUAAACUAGAUAGAAAUAUUGGUCGAAUGUAUAUAAUCAUGAGUAGUUAUUAAGCUCAUAGUUGAGUAUCUGUACAUGAAAGACAAGGUGUGGAUUUUAUUCUAUUUGUGUCUUGUAGAGAAUAUACACAGGUUACAUGAUUCAAUGUGAAUAUUAUUUUGGCCAUGCCUGGCAGGAAAACAAAUGUUGCAAUUGCUUUUUUAAUUCAGAAGUGAUAUCACUUCCGAAGUCAGCUUAAAUGACAUUGAAAUUUUUAUCACCUUAACUAAAAUAUAAACAAAAUAAUUUAUACCAAUGUGUGUGUAACAAGUAUACAUGAAAAUUAAGUACAGAAUUUAUUGCCUAAAGUGCUAAAAUAUAUAUAUAUAAAAAAAAAAGAAAGGCUAAAUGUAUAAAGCCAUUAAAAGCACAUGCUGCUAAACACGUACAUUUGAAUUCACGUACUAUUUAAUUUUUAAUAUUUUACGAAGUUUUUGUACAAGGUCAUAAUUCUCUAUCGUAACUACGUACAUAAAUAUGUAUCUCAUAUUUUUUAUUCAAGGAAUUUUGUAGUCUCUUCAGACUAUUAUAAUCUACAUCAUUAAUAUAAUGUGUAUAUUAAAUUUUUCAUAUCUUAUUGUUCAAUAACUUCAAGUAACCAUGAGUUUUUGAAAAUAUGAUUUCAAUAUGUUCACGAAUUAUAAGUGAACUGAAAAAAUAAUCGCUAACGUUGCUUAAAUGUUUUUUCUCUUGUAUUUAAAUCUCUCUAUCUUGUAUUUACAAUUUAAGUAUGUUAGUAAAAAAUACUAACACAUAAUAUUGUAUGCUUUUAUAUGCUUGAAAUGUGAACGACAGUAUUUAAACGAAUAUAUUUAGUUUAUAUAUAAUAUUCAACAUAUACAAUUAAUUUGUAAUUACAAAUUACAGGAAAAUGUUUAGAAAAAGCAAAACUCGUAUAGUUACACAACAAUAUAUAAUGACGUGUAUCACUUAUGACUUCUAUUCAAAUGAUAUAGAUUUUAAAUUUUACAAUAGACAAUACCUUAUCUGCAUAAAGUGUUUUUAUUGAUAAGCUAGUUUUAUUGAUAAGCAAAACUGUAAAAUUUAAAAUCAGUAAUAGUAUCUAAGUGAUGACAUAAAUGUGGAUGGAAACUUUUAGUUAAAAAUUGGAUCGUUAAUUUUUUUAGUAGCAAAAAUUAUUAUUUUAUUAUUAUUUUAAUAUGUAUCAAAGAAUAUAAACAAAAAAAUACUGCAUUUUAAGAGAAGGCCAGAGCAAAUUAAAAGGAACAAAGUUAGAUAUGUAAAACAGGAGCAGCCAGAAAGAAUCUUUUACAAAUCUUUAAAACAUAUGGGAUGACUGUAAAAUUAGUCUUAUUAUUCAAAUAAUGAAUACUACUGUUUUUGUAUUCUAUUGAAAUACUUCCAUUUUUCUAAAGGCACAAAUUUUAUAGAUGAAAAAAUGAAAAUGUAUGCUCGCUAUAUGUAAGCUGAGUGAAUGCAAUUUAAAGGAUUAAAUCUUUCGGUAUCAUACAUUUGUAGUACCAUUGUUACUAGUCAAAUAUUCCCAAAAUCAGUGAAAACGUUCUUUUAAAAAAAAAGUAACAAGUCAAAACAUGUAGUGUGGUAUAAAUGUAAUUAAAAAAAUAUUGCAUAUAUGAAUUAUCCAUACAUAAAGACACACAACAUGUGUAUAUGUUACCAUGUAUUCUAUUCAAAUAAUGUCAAUGUCAUGACCACAAACUAUUUUCAAAAAAAAUAUUGUGGGUUUCUGUAAAUUUUACUUUUUUACUUCUAUUUAUAUAUAGAGAGAAGGAAUUUUUAAAGAUGUAAUUUUGAAUGUAAAAUUUAUGCAUAAAAGUCUACUUCCAAGUAUCACUUCAUAAAAAAUAUAAAGUUCAUAUUUUACGAUCUGAACUUUAAAAAGACAUAAAAAAAGAGCUGUUUUAAUAAAUUCAUUAUCUAUUAAUAUAUUGAAUUACUUACCGAGAUUGAAUAGGAAAGCUCCAUGAUAUAUCAUUUAUUAUUAUUUAUUUGCAAAAUGUAAUGUACAUAUAGGGGUGCAAUUUCUAGUCCUAGGCAUUCUGAGUGCCUUUUCAGUUUAUUAUUAUAAUUCAACAGAUUUUUGCUUUACAGUUUCCAACAGUAUUAUUUAUAUUUACAUUAACAUAUAUUCUUUAUCAUAUAUUUAUCACAUUUAUUAUAAGAAAAAUAUUCAAUGUAAUUUAUUAUAUGCAUUUUACUAUAUAAAUUUUAAACCAUUCUAUUCUUCUAAUUAGUAAUCAUUCUGUGCUGUGCUGUUGUUAAACUAUAACAAUUAAAUGAAAACAAAUAUAUAAAAAAACAUAUUUAUCUCGUAUACAAGAAUUAUAUUGCAUUAAGUUUGUGUUAGUUUAUAAGAGCAUACUUUGUAAUUUAGUGUCAACAUGGAUUUUAAUGAUUUUUCUUAUUUUUAAAUUUACAUAAAUUUAAAUCAAAUUUAUAUAUAUAUAUAUAUUAUAUUUGUAAUAAAUUAUUUCAUUUCAGUUUUUUUUUCUUCAUAUAUCCACAUUGUAGUUAUUAACAUCAGAAUAUGUAACUAUAAUAACAGUACAAUUUUGUGAGAGAACAGUGACUGCAUUGACAGAUCAUUUCAUUAGAACACUGUAUUAGCAAAUUGUAUUUUUUUAAUAUUUUCGUAAGUAGCGAAAUGAAAAAUAACUAUAUCAGUUACACAAGUUUAGUAGUACGAUCAGUGUCUGUUCUACUGUAUUUGACUAAUUGGUAAGAAAUUAUGAUAUUGAAUGGUCAAAUUCGAACAUGUAUAUAAAUGAGAUAGUAAAGAUCGUUCGUUAGUUUCAGAUGUAAGUAUAAUGAAUGAAAUUUAAAGAGUAGCCUAGAUAAUAUUGUAAUAUCUAAUAUUGCGAUAUAUGAGCUUUUAAAAAUGUAUUAUGUGCGUAAAUGAGUAUAUACUUCUCAACUGCGCGUAGAAACCAUAAAUAUGUAUACAUACUAAACAUUACAUAUACAUACCUAUAUAAAUAUAUAUAUAUAUAUAAAAUAUAUAUAAAUAUAUAUUUUUAUAUAUAGAUAUAUUUAUAUUUAGCUCUAUUAUAUUGUUAGAUGGCAUUGAAAUAAUAUUGUAUAGUAGAACUUGUUCGGUAUAAUUAUAUUGAAUGGGCCAAA